UCCUCUCCUUUCAUCCUCUCCGUCCGCCUCUUUCCUUUCCUCCCUGCUGCUGCCUCCUCGGCGUUCCCUCGCUCCUCCGCCGCUCGCCGGAGCAUCGCCGCGGGCGCUUCCUCCUUCUCCUUGACCCGCGACGCCUACGCAGGCUCCGCAGUCUACGCUGCGGCGGAGUUCGGGAGCCGCUUCCGUACGCUCGGGACGCGGCGGAUCGGAGCAGGGGGGACGGCGCGGGGAUCGGAGCGCGCGGGGACACCGGUAGCGGCCGCCGCAGGGGAAUGUGGGUCCCCGUUUGAGGUCUCGGGCCUGGAAGCUGCGUCGAGAUGAGACGAUUAAGGAGACCGGUUCUCUUGAGCUGGGGACUGCAAAGGAUAAGUGUCUUCAGUCAUUGCGCUCAGGGUGUUUAGAUCAAGGGACCAAUGCCUCCAGGAUAAUGGCAGGGAAGGAUGGAGUUACUCUGAAAUCUGUGUCAUACGGGGCAAGAUUGCGCAGGAGUUGUGAUGCAUCACGGAGAGAGGGAGGGUCCAUGAGAGAUCCAUUCUCGAAACACAGAGUAAAGAAGUUUGAUCUGUCCAGUCUAGAUUGGAUUGAUGAGAUUCCAGAUUGCCCUGUAUUUUCUCCAUCAACCCAGGAGUUUGAGGAUCCUAUGGUUUAUCUCAGCAAAAUUGCCCCUGUGGCUGCAAAAUAUGGUAUAUGCAAGAUCAUUUCACCGAUCUCUGCUUCGAUACCUGUGGGCACUGUACUAAUGAAGGAACUAGGUGGGCUUAAGUUUACGACCAGAGUUCAGCCUCUCCGUCUUGCUGAAUGGUCCAAGGAUGACAAGUUUGCCUUCUUCAUGAGUGGAAGAAAGUACACAUUUCGGGAGUUCGAGAAGAUGGCAAAUAAAGAAUUUGUACGAAGAUACUCUAGUGCUGCUUGUCUUCCAUCAAGGUAUAUGGAAGAGGAGUUUUGGCAUGAAAUAGCUUUUGGCAAGAUGGAGUCUGUUGAGUAUGCAUGUGAUAUCGAUGGUAGUGCAUUUUCUUCUUCUUCUAAUGACCAGCUUGGGAGAAGUAAAUGGAACUUGAAGAGAUUCUCACGGUUGCCGAACUCUACACUGCGUCUUCUCAGAGCUGCAGUUCCAGGAAUAACAGAUCCAAUGCUGUAUAUUGGGAUGCUCUUCAGUAUGUUUGCCUGGCAUGUGGAAGAUCAUUACCUGUUCAGUAUUAAUUAUCACCACUGUGGAGCCUCAAAAACAUGGUACGGUAUUCCAGGAAGUGCUGCUUCUGAUUUUGAGAAAGUGGUACGUGAGCAUGUAUAUGAUCACGAAAUUUUAUCAGGUGAAGGGGAAAGUGCAGCAUUUGAUGUUCUUUUGGGGAAGACUACAAUCUUCCCACCUAAUAUUUUGCUGGAUCAUCAUGUUCCAGUCUAUAGAGCCGUACAGAAACCUGGAGAGUUUGUUGUAACAUUUCCCCGAGCUUAUCAUUCUGGUUUCAGCCAUGGUUUCAAUUGUGGUGAGGCAGUAAAUUUUGCCACAAGCGAAUGGUUUCCUCUAGGCGCAGUUGCUAGUCAACGUUAUGCACUUCUGAAGAGGAUACCAGUAUUACCUUAUGAGGAGCUCCUUUGUAAAGAAACGACAUUUUUUACUAAUGAGUUUUCCAUGUCUGAUCACGGACAUGUAACAUUAACUGGAGACACACGUAUACAAAGCUAUAUGAAGGCCCCCUUUGUGCAGUUGAUGCGGUUCCAACACCGUGUUCGUUGGUCACUUGCGAAAAUGGGUGCUCGUACACGCUAUAAAGCAGACAUUGAUGCCACAGUUCUCUGUGGGAUAUGCAAACGUGACUGCUACAUAGCUCACAUUAUGUGUAACUGCAGAGUUGAUGCAAUUUGCCUUUGUCAUGAGGAAGAGAUUAGGAAGUGCUCUUGCAACUGUGAUCGUGUUGUUUUUGUGAGGAAAGACAUCUUUGAAUUGGAGGAACUAUCAAAGAAGUUUGAGGAAAUUGGAAUACUGGAUGAAGUAGGAAAACAAAUGUCUCAAAGUGAUGGCUCUAGCACGCAUCCGCAUUUGUCCAAUGGCAUUGACCACAAUGCUAAAUACUUCCCAUAUUGCAAGAUCCUAAUUGAUACAUCCCCUGAACUUCAUACCUUGUCAGAGGUAGAUGUUCUUGGAUAUGAUCUGAAUAAGCCAUAUCCUACAUUAUCAACAAUAACUUCUGCACAUGGACCUCAGGAGUAUUCUACACAAAGUGAUGAGUGUACUAGUUCUAACCUAAGAACAUUCUCUAGCUCAUGUCCAGAUAAUGGAGUGAUCAAUGUUUAUCCUUUAUGCACUGAUCAAGCAUUGGCUGCUCAGGAUAGUGAUGAUUCUGACUGUGAGGUAUUUAGAGUUAAGAGAAGAUCUGGCAUAGUUCUGGAGAAAAGAUGUUCAGAAGAUGUAACAGCAAAUUUAACUGAGAAUCAGGCUUUAAGACGGUUAAAGAAAGUCCGCUCAGAUGACAGACAAGAGAAGAACACAACAGAAGUAUCCUGUGGUACAAGAAGUGUCAAUCUGGGUGCUGAAUCGCAUUGUCUUGACUCCAUUUCUGGAAAUACAGAUAACCUCAUCAAUCGAAGCAAACUAAAAAUGAGGAUAGAUCAGCUAGAUGCAAAAAUUGUGCAAGACGAAGUUGCUUUCAGCCAGAAAACUAUCGGUUGCAGUUACCUAUCUCCAUCUGUAGAUCUUGGGCCAAAACGCUUGAAAAUUCGUGGCCCAUCCUUCCCAAGCACUGUUUCUGAAGUGGAAAUAUCUUAUAGGUUCCAGGAGGACAGUGACUUGGCUAGUGAGCACACUCAAUGAAGUAUGCUGCUAUUGGUGCUAACUGCUAACAUCAAUCGUAACUUCUGGAAGAUGAAAGCUCAUUUUCAUUGAAUGGUUUAGUACUGAUUUUUUCUACAGGUCUCCAAUGGAGGUACUGUUAUGGCUGGAUUUUAUGAUUCUAUUGCCAGGUCACCUAUGUGGCAUGGGACCUGAAAUCUGGUAGGCAGGCAAAAUUUCUGAUGAUCCGUAGCUGUAUAUCUUCACUUAUUUCCUUCCUUUGUAGGUUUUCCACUGUGAAGAGGUUAGUCUACUACUUUUAACAAUUUCUUUCAUUCUUUUUCCACCACAGAUACACUUGUACCUAAAAUGCUUUAAUAGAUCCUCAUACGAAAUGGACAUUGUACAUUUUGUUAACGAGUCAGUCUUUGCUCUUUUUUAAAAUCUGGAAUCAUUUGUAUUUUCUUAUUCUUGUGCCAUUGUUGGUACAUUUGUCCCCAGAUGUGUUGAUAACUUUGAUAUGUUAAUAAAACGAUUGAUGCUGACAGGAAUUCACUGCCACUGACUGUGAUGUUGCAUAUGCAACAAAGUAGAUGCUUUGUGAUAAUGUUGAAGUGCAUGCAAAUGCUCGAAUCAAUCAUGUUCUAUAGAAAGUGGAUAUAACAGAAGGAAUAAAGGAGCAACUCAGUCUCAACUCCUUGCUGUUAGAUCCUGAUCUACUGAAAUCUGUCAUAUAAGAUUUACUUUCUCUUGUAAGU